AUGACGAGAACAACGACAGACUUCCCCAUUGAGAACGCGAUUGCUGUAGUCACUGGAGGGGGUAGUGGCAUCGGGCUCGCCUUCAGCAGACUCCUGCAGACCAGAGGAGUUCGAGUCCUAAUCGCCGACCUUAAACUAAGUCCAGAGGCUCAAAACUGGGUCGAGUGCAACGCGUGCACUCCCAAGGCUGUUUUCCAGCAUUGUGAUGUGACAAACUGGGCCCAUCUGGAGAGUCUCCCUGCAAAGGCCAAGGAGCUUUGGGGGUCCGUUUCAGACAUUUGGGUUCCAGGCGCUGGGGUCUUUGAACCUCCGUGGUCACACUUCUUUCAGGAUAGCGACGCCUCGUCGGGCAUUUCCCAUUACGCUUCUGUCUCCAUCAACAUCGAGCAUCCAAUCAGACUGACCCGCAUCGCCAUCCGCUCGAUGCUAUCAGAAAACAAGCGCGGCGUUGUUCUGAAUAUCGGGAGUGACGCCGGGAUUGACUACUUCUACUCGGUUCCGCUGUACACGGCUACGAAACACGCCAUUGUCGCAUUCACGCGCAGCCUUGCGCCACUAGACGUUGAAGAAGGAAUUAAAGUGGUUGCCAUAUGCCCAGGAAGUGUCCUGACCCCCCUGUUCACUACCACACUGCGAGACCAGUGGAGUGUGAAAGAACAGAAUGCACUUCAGCCAGAGCAGGUUGCUACUGCCAUGCUGGAGCUUGUCAAGUCAUCAGAAUACCCCGGUGGAUCUAUAGUGCGGGUUGAUAAGGAAAGGGGAAUGAGAUUGAUCCCAUGCCCUCAAUCAGAAGCGCCACCUGAUACGAGCGACGAAGGUAUGAGGCAAGAACUCGAACGCAACUACGCGCCUGUUCGCCUGGUCUUACGACGCGAGCGUGCUGGUAUGGCAGACUCUUAG